UGAGGCGGCCAGCUGAUGCGGUGACGCCUCCAGCAUGCCCCUCGCUGAUUGGUCUGGAGAAAGAGAAAGUUAUCAGCUUUCCAGCCAUCAUGAAUUCUUUUACCAAACCAAGAGAACACACGUCAUCGUAACAGCGGGUGCCAACCUGAGUAAUGACACAUCCAGAUACAAAAAAGUGGUUUCCAAACGGGGUACCAACAGCUUAAUGGAACAAGAGUUGUACUGGUGUAGUGAGUGGACCCCAUAAGGAGCUGUCCAGGGUUGGAUGAGGAUGACAGUAUGACAUUGUUUCACUAAAUAGAGCUGUCUCAUAGAUGCUACUGAGAUUUUGCACAAAGGUGGUGAAGAAUGUCACCAUUAAUAUUAAUAAGGGUGCUCUUAAAGAAACUACUGAGGGGGCAUAGCAACAUGAGGCUGCACUUGCGGCUGAGACUGUGGGUAGCCCUUGCACUGGGCUAUGUACUCCUGAUGGCAUUUGUCCACUUAUUUCAUAUUCCUCUAAGGUCACGGACAUUUCACUCACACUAUGACAUGUCAGAUGAGGGUGUUUUAGAAAAGGCCCACUCAGCUGUCAAAGAAAUGGUUGAGAAAUAUGCUAAAGCUGCCCUGAAACACCCUGGCUCUGGAGCAGAAACUGCGGAACAGAUUACACUACUGACGAAAACAUUUAAGAAAGCUGACAGCAAUGCAAAUGAAGUGUUAGAGUUGAGUGAAUUAUCAUCAUGGAUUGCUAAAAAAACUAAAGAACAUCUGACACUUGCACUCCGAGAUAAUAUUUUUACCUUUACAGCAAUUGAUCUGGAUCCAAGAAAUGGGGUGGUGUCCUGGGAAGAGUUUCAUGCGUACUUCCUCAAGCAACACGGGUAUGAUGAUGAGUUUAUUAAGAAUCAUGAACAUAAUCACAAAGGAUUGCCAAGAGAAAUAAAGGAAGCCAUCAUGAGAGACAAGGCUGCUUGGUCUGAAGCGGCCAGAAGUGACCCAGAUCAGUUAACCCUUGAUGAAUUUUUGGCAUUUAGGCAUCCAGAGUCUUCACAUGCAACCAUUUUGAAUAUUGUUGAGGAAACCAUUGCCAAAUUAGAUAUUGAUGGAGAUGGCCAAUUAACAAGUGAAGAAUUUGCAGAUCCUGAGAUAAAUGAUGUGCCAGAUGGUAUUACUCCUGAACGCUAUAAAGAAGAACGCUUGAAAGAUUUUAAAAUUGCAGAUGAAGACAAAAAUGGCUUGCUUGAUAGAAAAGAGUUAUUGCGUUUCAUUGAUCCUCGCAAUACCCAUCAUGCCGAGAAAGAAGCAUUAAACUUGAUGACUUCAGCAGAUACUGACCAAGAUGGUGUACUCACCCUGCUGGAGGUUCUGGGACAGAGAGAACUCUUCAUGGCAAGCAAGAUGGUUGAUGCUGCCAAAAGUUUUCAUGAUGAAUUCUGAUCUGAAUUGUUUGUUUGUUAAACUAUUGUAGAAUCAUGCACAACAUAAUUUAUAAGUGCAAUGGAGAACAAAUUUAUUUCUAUGAAAUAUUUAUAUUAAAGCUUCUCUGAUUGUACAACUUCUAAUGUGAUGGAGGUAUAUGUGUUACCUGUAUUUUUGUUUGAAGAAUGUUUGUAUCUAAUGUUUUGUGAUAUCAUUAAGGAGAGUAAGCUCUCUCUCUCUCUCUCUCUCUCUCUCUCUCUCUCUCUCUCUCUCUCUCUCUCUCUCACACACACACACA